CGCCAGAGUGGUAACCAGGCGGGGUUGGGCCGGCCGGCGGCGGUGCUGAGGGAGGCCCUUUCCGGGGACGAUGCCGUCCGCCUUCUCAGUCAGCUCUUUCCCCGUUAGCAUUCCCGCCGUGAUCGCGCAGACGGACUGGACGGAGCCCUGGCUCCUGGGCCUGGCCGGCUUCCACGUGCUCUGCCUGCUGCUCACCUGCCUGUCCUCCCAGAGGUACCGACUGCAGGUCGGGCACUUCCUGUGCCUAGUGACUUUAGUCUACUGUGCUGAAUAUAUCAAUGAAGUGGCGGCCAUGAACUGGAGAAGGGGGAUGUUCAUUUCGUUAGUGUUCUCAGCGCCGCUGCUGUUGAACGCCAUGAUCAUCGUGGUUAUGUGGGUGCGAAAGACUUUGAAUGUGAUGACCGACCUGAAGAACUUAGAAGAGAAGAGGAAAGAAAGGAAGAGGAGAAGAAAGGAAGAGUGA